UAUCUCGGGCAGUUGUUGCUGCCAUCCUGUACCUGUCCCGCAGGUGUGAUGUUUCGGAUGUACCGAUCCUGUGCAGGUGUUGUUACACGUGCUCUGCCACUGCGAGGACGAUCAGCUGUCCGCCCUGUAGCGCUGUCUUAGGCAUCUCACAGUACGGACAUUGCAAUUUAUUUCCCUGGCCACAUCUGCAGUCCUCAUGCUUCCUUCCAGCACACCUAAGGCACGUUCACGCAGAUGAGCAGGGACCCUGGGCAUCUUUGUUUUGGUGUUUUUCAGAGUCAGUAGAAAGGCAUCUUUAGUGUCCUAAGCUUUCAUAACUGUGACCUUAACUGCCUACCAUCUGUAAGCUGUUAGUGUCUUAACGACCGUUCCGCAGGUGCAUGUUCAUUAAUUGUUUAUGGUUCAUUGAACAAGCAUGGGGAGCAGUGUUUUAAACCUUUUACAAUGAAGAUCUGUGGAGUUAUUUGGAUUUGUAUGAAUUAUCUUUGAAAUGCAUUUGCAUUUGUUUAAGCUGUUUUCUAGUGACAUUUAUUUGGAUACAUCCAUGCUACUGUACCUAAAUAGUGCCUGUUAAGGGAUGAAACCCACACAGUCAAUUUCAUCUAUUUAGAUCAAAUUGAGUGAAUUCGGGGCAUUGCUGGGCCUAAAAUGGCAGCUUUGGCUCAGUUCUGUCUGCCAGAUCGGGCCCAAAUGACUCGGGCCUAUUCUGUACCGUCAUUCAUUUCAGACUCGGGCCGGAUCCGGCUGCCAGUUUUAGAUCUGGCAUGCAGGAAUCAGGCCAGAUGUCUGUGCCACCUGGGAUGCAGCUAGUUUGUGAAGUGGUUGACACAGCUGAGAGGAUGUUAACACGUCACAUGGUGGUUAGCAGAUGUAGACAGAUAGAUGUGUGUUUUGCCCUACUGUAGAAAUUGCCUGGUAAAGAUGGAUUCAAAGGAAAUGUUUACCUGGGGACUCAGAGGUGAAAACAUCAGAGAUCAAAUUCAUGUGAAUCUCUCGCUCUCUCUCUACUAUGAUAGACCCUAUUAUAUAGGCUAUUACACUCCUUUAAACUUCAACUUUAAAGUUUGCAAUAGUAUAAAUUGGAAGAGGAUGUGAUCUGUUGGUCAGUGUUAUCAUACCAUCGGCUUGUUUAUCAUGAGAGCUACUCAGACCUGUGUUUCCUGAGUAAGUGUGAGGUCAUAAAAUGUAGUUUCCACACUGCCUUUCUGUGUUUGAAGGUACUCAUCAAGCUGUGAAAAAGACACACAUCAAGCUGUGAAAAAGACAGAUUGACAUACAGUAUAUAUUCAAAAGUAUGUGGGCACCCCUUCAAAUUAGUGGAUUUGGCUAUUUUAUCCACACCUGCUGCUGACAGGUGUAUAAAAUCGAGCACACAGCCAUGCAAUCUGCAUAGACAAACAUAGGCAGUAGAAUGGCCUUACUGAAGAGCCCGAUGACUUUCAACAUGGCACCGUCAUAGGAUGGUCAUAGUCAGUUCGUUAAAUUUCUGCUUUACUGGAGUUUCCCUGAUCAACUGGCAGUGCUGUUAUUGUGAAGUGGAAACGUCUAGGAACAACAAGAGCUCAGCUAUGAAGUGGUAGGUAGGCCACACAAUUUCUUACGGGACCACAGAGUGCUGUAAGAAAUGAAGUGCAAAGCGGGUAAAAAUCGUCUGUCCUUGUUUGCAACACUCACUACCAAGUUCCAAACUAUAUCUGGAAGCAACGUCAGCACAAUAACUGUUGUCGGGAGCAUCAUGAAAUGGGUUUCUAUGGCCGAGCAGCCGCACACAAGCCUAAGAUCACCAUGCGUAAUACUAUGAGUUGGCUGGAGUGGUGUAAGGCUCGCUGCCAUUGGACUCUGGAGCAGUGGAAAGUGUUCUCUGGAGUGAUGAAUUACGCUUCACCAUCUGGCAGUCCGACGGACAAAUAUGGGUUUGGCGGAUGCCAGGAGAACGCUACCUGCCUAAAUGUAUAGUGCCAACUGUAAAAUUUGGUGGAGGAGGAAUAAUGGUCUGGGGCUGUUUUUCAUGGUUUGGGCUAGGCCCCUUAGUUCCAGUGAAGGGAAAUCUUAACACUACAGCAUACAUUCUUACAAUGACAUUCUAGACGAUUCUGUGCAUCCAAAUUUGUGGCAACAGUUUGGGGAAGGCCCUUUCCUGUUUCAGCAUGACAAUGCCCCUGUGCACAAAGUGAGGUCCAUACAAUCGAAAUCGGUGUGAAAGAACUUGACUGGCCUGCUCUGACCUCAACCCCAUCGAACACCUUUGGGAUGGAACGCCGACUGAGGCAGUGAGCUCUUAAGGCCAUUCUACUGGCAAUGUUUUUCUAUGUAGAUUGCAUAUCUGUGUGCUUGAUUGUAACCUCUAUGGGAUCGCCCCCCCACGGGACAGUUGAGCUAACAUAGGCUAACGUGAUUAGCAUGAGGUUGUAAGUAUCAAGAAAAUUUCCCAGGACAUAGACAUAUCUGAUAUGGGCAGAAAACUUAAAUUCUUGUUAAUUUAACUGCAUUGUCCAAUUUACAGUAGCUAUUACAGUGCAAUAAUACCAUGCUAUUGUUUGAGGAGAGUGCACAGUUAUGCACUUGAAAAUGUAUUAAUAAACCAAUUAGGCACAUUUGGGCAGUCUUGAUACAACAUUUUGAACAGAAAUGCAAUGAUUCAUUGAAUCAGUAUAAAACUUUACACAUAAUCUGCUGCCAUCUAGUGGCCAAGAUCUAAAUUGUGCCUAACCUGGAACAGUACAUUAUGGCUUUUGUCUUGCAUUUCCAAGAUGAUGGAACAAAGAAAAACAUAUGUUUUUAUAUUUGUAUUAUCUUCUACCAGAUCUAAUUUGUUAUAUUCUCCUACAUUAAUUUCACAUUUCCACAAACUUCAGUGUUUCCUUUUCAAAUGGUAUCAAGAAUAUGCAUAUCCUUGCUUCAGGUCUGAGCUACAGGCAGUUAGAUUUGGGCAUGUCAUUUUUGGCGAUACAAAAAAAAAGGGUCCGUACCUUAAGAGUAACUCCUGUCAGCAACAGGUGUGGCUGAAAUAGUCAAAUCCAUUAAUUUGAAGGGGUGGCCACAUACUUUUGUAUAUAUAGUGUAUAUCAGCAUGGUAGAAUUUAAUGGCUAGUUCAUUAUUGCAUGUUCUUUGUUUUGAGCAGCUUUUGAAAGCAAAAGUCGAAUUGAAAACAUGAAUGUUAUUGGCAUUGUUGAAUUCAAUUUUCAUAAUGGCAAGCUAGGACUGAUGGUUUGGUUGGCUACGCAUAGUCCCUGGUUGAUUAUCCCUUACGUAUGCAUGGUAUAUCAGCAUGGUAUGAUUCAAUGGCUAUAGUUCAUUCUUACAUGUUCUAUGUUUGAUCUGCUCUAAUUUAAAGCAUUGUUGUCAUUGGGAAUUCGAUUUUCAUAAUAGCAAGCUAGGACUCAUGGUUGUUUAGCUAAAUUAGCAAGUCUGUUUGUUUGGUGACCAAGGCAACUACUGUAGCUAUCUAGUAAACUAACUUGCUAGCUACUUUAGUUGAUGUUGAACACAUUUCUAGUGGCUUGUGUGUUAAAUUAAAGCCAUGGGAUAAAAGGGAUAAUCAACACGGGGCUCUAUGCGUUCUCUGGGAAAUGAACAAGUAGAAAUAGCCUGGUAAAGAUGGAUUCAGGGGAAAUGUUUACCUGGGGAGUUGAAGGUGAAAACAUCAAAGAGAGAACAAAUGAAUGUGAAGCUCUCUCUCUCUCUACUGUCAUAGACCCUACUGUAUAGGAAAAUAUACUCAUUUAAACCUUCCACUUUAAACUUUGCAGGUUUGCAAUAGAAUGCAUUGCAAGAGGAUGUGAUCUGUUGGUCAGUGUUAUCAAACCAUCUGCUGGUUUAUCAUGAGAGCUUCUCAGAACUCAGACCUGCGUUUCCUGAGUAACUGUUGGGUCACCCAAUAGGUAGUUUCCACACUGCCUUUCUUUGUCUGAAGGGACUCACACAUCAAGCUGUGAAAAGGACAGACUGACAUAUAUCACAAACGGGACUGAUUGACAUGAUGUGCUUGAUCUUAAGGAUAGCUUUUCUCUUGGUCCAAGUAAGAGGUCACUGUUACACCUCCAUCAACUCAGCCCAUGUGGACCAAAUGAUCCGGCCGGGCCACAGCUUCAGCCUGGCCUGUGAGUUUGUCUGCCUACAGCCCAGCCAUGUGAUGCAGUGGUGGAAGGAUGGCCAGGUCCUACUUAACGCUAGCGCCAUCCUGCCCAACAUUACUCUGUCUAUGCAUGUGAGUGGAGCUGGGGAGAAGGACAGUGGAAACUAUAGCUGUAGGACAGAACCACCUGAUGCCCUGGGCACCACAGCUGUUAUUACAGUGGGAGACCUCCCUACCUCUGGGCCCUCUGUCAAUACCCUUGAGCCCACAAUAGAGUCAAAGCAGGGUAUGUGUGAGGUGCAUGGGGUUCGGGUUUCCACACAAGGUGUUCUAGAUGUUGUGAUGGUGUGGUACCUACUGUUGAAGGCUAUAUUUCUCAUCCUCAUGGUGACCACUAUAGCUCUGGUUCUAGCCUGCAGGCUCCGCUGAAUACAGUAUGGCUCUCAAGCUUAUAACAUGCUGCCAUGUGGCUUUGCUUCCAGCUAUUGUUGAAUUUUAACAGCACAUGCUGUGGAACACUGUAAAUCAACUUCAAGUGCUAGUGAUCUUAGUUUAAAAUGUUGAUGGAACAGUUGGUUUUGAUCUGUGUAUUGUGUUUGUUCAAUUAUAACUUCUGUUAUAAAUCCUGUUAGCCUACAUUAUUAACUAUUUGCUAUAAUUAUUUAUUCAAACCUGUACUGCUCCUGCAAUAAACUCUCUUUUUUUCAA